GGCUACUACCGCAGUUGUUCCUUGGGCCGGGUUGGUUAAAUGGUGGUUGUGUGAGGGACAUUGUAUGACUUUCAGUGCUUGUAUUUAGCUGUGUAGUCCAUUCAUUUUAACCGGUCCCCAUUUAUUUAAAUCAUGGAGGCUCUUAUCCCCGUAAUAAACAAACUUCAAGACGUCUUCAACACAGUGGGAGCUGAUAUUAUCCAGUUACCGCAGAUUGCAGUGGUUGGAACACAGAGCAGUGGGAAGAGCUCGGUGCUGGAGAGCCUGGUGGGCAGAGACCUGCUUCCCCGUGGCACAGGAAUUGUUACGCGUAGGCCGCUCAUUCUGCAGCUUGUCCAUCUUUCACCAGAGGACCACAGGAAAACAGGAGAUGAAAAUGACCCCUACGCAUGGAAAAAUGGGCGCCUUAAUAAAGCUGCAGAGUGUGAAGAGUGGGGCAAGUUUCUCCACACUAAAAAUAAGAUCUAUACAGACUUUGAUGAAAUCAGACAAGAGAUUGAAAGUGAGACUGAAAGGAUUUCUGGAAAUAACAAAGGUGUUAGUGAUGAGCCCAUUCAUCUAAAAAUCUACUCUCCUCAUGUGGUGAACCUCACUCUGGUGGAUCUACCUGGAAUCACAAAGGUCCCGGUGGGCGACCAGCCCAAGGAUAUCGAGGUCCAGAUACGAGACCUGAUCCUGAACCACAUCAGUAACCCCAACUGCAUCAUCUUGGCCGUGACGGCUGCCAACACAGACAUGGCCACCUCCGAGGCACUGAAGGUUGCCCGGGAAGUGGAUCCUGAUGGACGGAGAACUUUGGCUGUUAUAACCAAACUUGAUUUGAUGGAUGCUGGCACAGACGCCAUGGAUGUGUUGAUGGGUCGAGUCAUUCCAGUCAAACUGGGCAUUAUAGGAGUUGUAAAUAGGAGUCAGCUGGAUAUUAACAAUAAAAAAUCAGUGGCUGAUGCAAUUCGUGAUGAACACGCCUUUCUACAGAAAAAGUAUCCCUCCCUUGCCAAUAGGAAUGGUACUAAAUAUUUGGCUAGGACUUUAAACAGGUUACUAAUGCACCAUAUUAGGGACUGCUUGCCUGAGCUGAAAACGAGAAUCAAUGUCCUGUCAGCCCAGUAUCAGUCUUUGCUCAGCAGCUAUGGAGAGCCUGUGGAGGACAAGAGUGCCACUCUUCUGCAGCUCAUUACCAAGUUUGCCACCGAGUACUGCAACACCAUUGAGGGCACAGCCAAGUACAUUGAGACUGCAGAGCUGUGUGGUGGAGCUAGGAUUUGCUACAUAUUUCAUGAAACAUUUGGACGGACAUUAGAAUCGGUCGAUCCCUUAGGAGGACUCACAACUGUAGACGUUCUGACUGCCAUCAGAAAUGCCACGGGGCCUCGCCCUGCGUUGUUUGUCCCCGAGGUGUCCUUUGAGCUGCUGGUGAAGCGACAAGUGAAGCGUUUGGAGGAGCCCAGUCUGCGCUGCGUGGAGCUGGUCCAUGAGGAAAUGCAGAGGAUAAUUCAGCACUGCAGCAAUUACAGCACACAGGAGUUGCUGAGGUUUCCAAAGCUACACGAUGCCAUUGUAGAAGUUGUCACAUCCUUGUUAAGGAAAAGGCUACCUGUUACCAAUGAAAUGGUGCACAACUUGGUGGCUAUUGAAUUAGCUUACAUUAAUACCAAGCACCCAGACUUUGCUGAUGCCUGUGGACUUAUGAACAACAAUGUAGAGGAACAGAGGCGCCAAAGAGUACGAGACAUGCCCUCAGCAGUCCCUCGUGAUAAGUCCUCUAAAGGUCCAGGCUGGCAGUCUGUCUCCUUUUCAGAGUCCCCAGUUGCCACUGCCAUGGAGGCAGAGGGAGCUAAGGGGGACCAGGAGGCAGGAACUGGUAACUGGAGAGGGAUGUUGAAAGCAUCGACAGGUGACGAUGGGACAGAAGAGAAGACCAAACCCCAGUCCUCACUCCCUGCCAGCCCCCAGAAGGGCUACGCUAUCAACUUGCUAGAUGUGCCUGUGCCUGUUGUAAGGAAGCUCUCAGCAAGGGAGAAGCGUGACUGUGAAGUUAUCGAGCGGCUCAUCAAGUCCUAUUUUUUGAUUGUUAGGAAAAAUAUCCAGGACAGCGUGCCCAAGGCUGUGAUGCACUUCCUGGUGAAUCAUGUGAAAGACAGCCUGCAGAGUGAGCUCGUGGGACAGCUUUACAAGUCCAUGUUGCUUGAUGACCUCCUGACUGAAUCUGAGGACAUGGCACAGCGCCGUAACGAGGCUGCAGAUAUGCUUAAGGCCCUGCAGAGAGCCAGUCAGAUUAUUGCUGAAAUCAGGGAGACACAUCUGUGGUGAAAUCAUUGGUGUAUCCCAGAAUUCUGUUUAAGAUGUCAUUGACUUCAAAGCAGCCAACUUGAAAAUGCACUGUUGUUAAUUUGUGUACCACAUUAUUUUAUUUACAUACUUCAGCUACUUCAAGAUGAUUAAAUAUCAUACUUCAACUGUACAAAACUUCCUGUUAAGUGGGAUCUUUUCAUAUUUAAUUAAAUAUACAAUGUAAACAUUUAAGAUUCAUUGUAGUGUGGCUUUCCUGAGAAAGCAAUUUCCUUAUGUAGCUUAUAUUACAAGUUAAUUAUAUUAAAACUCACAUUCACUUUAAAUUGGACUGGUGUUCAUUUGCAAACAACAGGUACAGUUUGUCAGUAAUCAAGGAGGAUACAAGUUAUGUAGAUGAGAAUAAAUAUACUUUUCUUAAACAUAUAGCAGCAGAGAUUGUGUGAUCAUACUGUAUGUGGUCAUAAAGAUGCAUUUAAUGUGAGAUUGUGACAUUGUAUAUCUCAAUGUAUGUAAAAAUAUAGAUAAGGCCCACAUUUUCAUUGGAAUGCACCAACACAUCAAUAAGUGGUGCUAUAUAGCUGUCGUCAUACAUCCUGAGACAUACCAGCUUCAGUAAUAUUAUUCACUUAUUUAUUGAUCAUAAUAGUUUUUAAGCAAUUCUUAUAUGAUCGAUAUCACUUGAAAGUGUAUUGAAUGCUCACUUAUACAGCAAGUGGUUUGUAUAAUUUCUAAUGAAUUAACUAGUUUAAGACAGGUUCUCCUUUUCUGCAAUUCUGUAGAAAUUCUGUAGAAUUUAUUCACACCUUGUAUCUUAAGAGUUAAUUUAUCACAGAUAUUACUUUCAAACACUUUCAUCCUAGCAUUUCUGCAAUUUCCCUCACGGGAUCAAUAAAGUAUCUAUCUGUUCUAUCAGCUUUCAAGGCUGAUAUUUAAAUAUGAAAUACAAUGGAAAAAAAUAUCAAAUUAGUGAAUGGAAUUUAAAAGAUAGAUGAUGCCAAUGCAUAUUGUUACAGUACAAUACUAUAGUUAUUUGAAAGGUUAUAGAAACUGUAUAUAAUUACAAAUAUAACUGUAUGUUGUUCUACAUAAACAGGGACCCUUCAUAAUAUGCCUACAAAGCAUUACCUGACUCUAUACAUUGAAGACUGUAUUGGUACUGAUAGAAUCAUGCCAAGCCUGCUGAAAUAAAACAAUUUAACUACUUUUCAAA